AACAUUUUUGUCUACUGUCAAGUGCACCUUGUAUUAUUACGUGAUAGGACAUCGUUGAGAUCAAAUUAUAAUUAACAGGUGGAUGAUAAGGCAGCGAGAUAAAACCUAACCGAGCCGAAUAAAUCGGCUGGAUGACGAACACUUUAUUCACUAGGUUAUCUUUGUUGGACUUGUGAAGACAGUAGUGAUUACAUUUAUCGGUGUUCAUAGUGUUAAAAUGAAUUCUAAACUCAUUUUCUUGGCUCUCUGCACUUUGCUUUAUCACUCCGCGUGCGCACAAGAAUUCCAGGAAAGAAUUCCAAAAUUGAGUUUAAGCAGUGACGCCGAAUUUGGGCUACAUGGUCGAAUAGUGAAUGGUACGAAAGCGAUACGGGGUCAGUUUCCACAUCAGGUAUCAUUGAGAAGACGUUUUUCGGACAGUCAUUUUUGUGGUGGUAGCGUAAUUACGGAAUCGUGGAUAAUAACGGCAGCUCACUGUCUUUACUUAAACGGAAUGCCAAUUGAAGCAUGGACCAUACUAGUGGUCGGUGGAGAAUUAUUGCUAAACACUACAACAUCCACUGGACAAAGAAGCGGAGUGACUACUAUGAUGAUUCAUCAGAAUUUCGACAAUUCCACCCUGGAGAAUGAUGUUGCUCUCUUAAAGCUAGAAACACCUUUUGUCUUCAACACGACAGCCCUGAAGCCCAGGCCGUUGCAGACGAGUUCAGUGUCUCCUGGUACUAUGUGCCAGGUCGCAGGAUGGGGUUAUCCCGCCUUCGACAUUAGCGUAGUCAGUAACGAAUUGUUGUACGUGAACCUGCCUCUACUUCAUCAGACUCUUUGUCGGCAACUUUUGAAAAAUUAUUCAGACGUCCCUGACGGGAUGCUCUGUGCUGGGUAUUUGGAAGGUGGAAAGGAUGCCUGUAAGGGUGAUUCUGGUGGGGGCAUGAUUUGUAACAAUGUUUUGACUGGAAUCGUGUCUGGUGGUAUCGGAUGUGCUUGGCCAAAGACUCCUGGCAUUUAUACGGACGUGAAAUUCUACAGGAGUUGGAUUUCUGAAAUGAUGAAAAAUUCGACGGAAAAUGACAACAAGAAUGUGACAAUUGUUGUUUCGUCAACAUCGAACUCAGCUAGGCCAGGAGAUGAAGCGUCUGGUGCAAUCCCAACGAUGUGGGCAUUCUUCUUACUGCUCAGUACACUCGUUCUUUUAUUAAAUGACACAGACUUACAUUUAGAAUAACAAUCAAUUAAUUCCGACAAAGUUCGGAUUUGACCAUUUUCAUACGUAGUUCUCUUUCUCGCUGUACAUUAAUAACAAAAGUACAUAUGUAUAUGUAUAUACUAGUUCAUAGAUUUAGUGUAGAACACCUUUUUUUUUAAUACGAACGACAAAAGACUAUUCAAAAAUAACAAGUAUCCAAAUUUCACGUUAGAAAUCCGACCGUGACAUCGAAAUCUACACAUGACUUUUUCGCGAUCAGAUAAGAAUAAUCAGUGUCGCAAUUCAGGUAAUAAAAAUAUGUUUGUAAAUAAAUAAUUAAAAAGUAUCCAGUUCACAAAUAUAAA